UCCACUUUGCCACCUUUUCUCCAACAUCACUCACUCAGCCAAAAGCAGUUUACAAAAUCACCUUGUUUAUUACUUCCAACCACUCAGCCUGAAAAUGUUCUCCACGGAGGAAGGAGGCGGCGCCGUCGGAGCAGUUUCCACUGAUCAAGCAAUCACCGACAACAACGAUUCCGUGAGCAUUGAUAUGGACGUCCCUCUUAGAGAUGGAGAAGUAGCGAAUCUCCGGUUAUUAGACGAAGCUUUCGACGGCGACGAAAUCAACCUCGGUGCCAAACCAUUGAUACAAAGAGUCCCAUCAACCCUUGGUCGUCACCAAGAUUUCAGGAAGUAUUUCAAGCCGAAAGUGAUCUCAAUCGGCCCACUCCACCACGAUGAUCCCACCCUCCGGAAAUCCGAGAAGCUCAAGCUCAAAUUAGCAGCACUUUUCGUCAAAAAAAUUGGCGUCGAUAAGGAUACGUUGUACAACAACAUGAAGAAAGAGAUUGAUGACUUAAAGAAAUGCUAUGAUCCAAAGGGAUUAGAGAAGUAUAGCAACGAUAACGAGAAACUGGCUUGGAUUUUCUUCGUUGACGGCUGCGCAAUUUUACAAGCAGUUUACAGGCGUUACGGUGAUGAUGAUAAUGGUGAUGAUAAUGAUGGUAAAUUGUUUAUUAAAGACGAUUUGCUGACAUUUGUGUACUCGGAUCUGUUCUUGUUGGAAAACCAAUUACCUUUUCGUGUUCUUGAAUUGCUUACAAGGCCUAGAAAAAAUGGCGAAAAGUUCAUGAAUGCAAUCCAAAGGUUCAUCGACGAAACUGUUAUCAUCCCAGGCGAGGACAGGGAAUGGUGGUGGAAGCAGCAAAAAGAAGGAGAGCGAAUUCACUUAUUGCAUCUACUACGAGAAAGACUCCUUCUCAGAAAAGUACGAAUACGGUGCUGGUGUUUUCUUUGGGAAUUCACUCGACACGGAUUUGGCAAAGCAGCAGCAAGAAGAAAAAGAACAAAACGGUACCAUUCACGCACCAUUGGUAACGUAAAAGAGCUUAAAAAGGCCGGGAUAUGGUUAGAAGCCAGCGAAACAAGUAAUUUAACCGACAUCAGUUUCAACCAUAUCUUCUUCUUCGGAAAAUUACGGUUACCGCCGAUCUCCGUCGAUGAUUCAACCAUGAACUUAAUAGCUUACGAAAUGUGUCCGGAUUUCGACAACGAUUUCACCGUCACUUCAUAUAUGUGUUUCCUUGAUUUAUUGAUCGAUGAAGCUGAAGAUGUCAAAGACCUUAGAGACUCCGGCAUACUAUACAAUGGAUUGGGCAGUGAUGAAGAAAUGGCUAAGCUUUUCAAUAAGAUGAACACUGAUUUGGUUCCUAGUCCGACAAUUUACAGUGGGGUUAAAGAGAAAAUACAUAAUCAUUGUAAGACUAUGUGGAUUAAUCAUGCAGCUCAAGGUUAUCAUACUUAUUUUAGGAGUCCUUGGACGUUUUUGGCAUUUUUGGGUGCCAUUGCUGCACUUACUCUUAGUGCUUUGCAGACUUAUUAUACCAUACAUCAACCAAAGUAAGUGUUCU